UCUGCCUCUGGAUCUGCCUCUGGAUCUGCCUCUGGAUCUGCCUCUGGAUCUGCCUCUGGAUCUGCCUCUGGAUCUGCCUCUGGAUCUGGCACGCCCACACUCUCUAACGCUGACUCCGAGACAGGUCUCAAUUCUGAGGCCGGUUCUUCCCAAGGCUCGACUUCUUCUUCAAGCUCCUAUCUUGCUUCUGCCACGGUCAGUGGUGUCUCGGCAGUUUCUGAGGCUGGAAACGGCAUUGGAGAUGAGACCGAGCAAGCCGGUGCUACCUACGACGCAACCAGCUCGAGCGAUUCCCAAACCAGUGGCGCUAAUGCUCGAACCAACAUCACUGCUUCUACCUCGACAAGUUCUGGAUUCCAGAGACUUUACAGCACUACUUCGGUGACUGCGUCUUCCACUAUCCCCCCAACCAUGGUUUCUACCACGUCUGCCGCAACUAGCACUCUUUUCACUGGCGCGGCACCUGCCAUUCGCCUGACGAAUCGACAGAUGUUUGGGUUCCUUCCCGGUGGCGUAACUCUUCAAGGCCAAGCCAGCUUGUCAGACAUCGCCUUUCAACCACAUUAUGAUGAACCAUUAUACCACAGUCAUGACACAUCGAGUGGGCCCGGCUAA